AUGGCUCCUGUCCAGCAAUACUGGCUUCCGGGAUAUGGACUGUCCCGACAUAUUGUCUUAGGCCAUAUCCAUUACUUCCUUGGACCAAGUGCAACAGUUAGACCCUACAGCUACCAGGGACGCGAUGGGUAUCUCAUCAAUGGCGUGCCACUCACGCGGGAACAAAUUGAUGAUCUCGCUGUAAUGUCUCGAGAGUACGAAAAGCAGGAAGCUACUCGGAUGACCCACAACACCAGCGGCUCCUCCACUUCUAGCUCCAGCAGCGACAACCCAGCAACUCAGUCUGAGCCGUACAUCAAUGAGAUCAUCCCUAUUAAUCAACCUGGAACACGCAGGCGUGCAUAA